AUUUCAUUGAGAUCACGACUAAAACACGCGGUCACAGAAUAAAGAUACCGCAUACUUUUUCCACACCCACACAAAUUUUAAUGCACUGAAUUUACGAGCUCCUAGUGUUACCCUAUUGACGCCGAAAAACCCUUAAACAUAUUAUUAAUCUAUUCUCGCCCAGUACAACGAAAGACUGUUUUAGAAGGUCAAAGAGAUAAGUUUGUGUUAUCACUUGAUCUGGGGCAAGAAGAAAAGCCUAUUCUUACGUAACUAGCGAGUAAACGAAGCCUAAAGUGGUCUUCCAUAUGGAGCCGUGGAGUUCUUGGACUUAUUGCUAAAGGCGGUAAAUUUGCGMUAACGGAAAGAAGYGCUCUCUUCGAGCGCUCAUAGCGUUGUCCUGCCUGAAAAGCCAUGAAAACAAUGGAACGUUUCUGUUAUCUGGGUAUCUUGUCGUUAGUCGCCAUAUAUAUAUUGGUCUUUUUACCAGAAAAUUCACCAAUAAUUCUUGACUCAAGUUCAUCGUCAUACAGUGCCAGCCGCGAAAUAGACGACAKUCAGCUGUCCGAAUCAUUUGAAACCAAGAAAUCAUUCCAAGARACAUCUAGAUUGAAUGAAAAACAUCCCGAAAACUACGACUUAAUAAGGACAUUCUGUGAUAUGAAGUUUCGCAAUGGUUUAAUGUGUCCUCCAUUGUACACGGAGCUCGGAGCGUCGUGCUCGUAUAACGGAUCAAAAGCAGUAUGCACAGACGUUCGUCUCAAGGCGAAGUACAGUCUAAGAAAGUCUCAACUCGCCAUCACUCGCAUGUUGGGUAUUUUUGACCUCAUAGCUUCACGUCAUAACAUAACAUACUGGUUGACAUCAGGCACAUUAUUGGGGGCUGUGCGACACAAGGGAUUCAUACCAUGGGAUUCAGACGCCGAUAUUGAAAUGCCUUUGAAAGACUACGAGAAGUUCUUCAGGAUCGCAAGCCAUGACCUCCCUUCUGAUGUAUUCUUUCAAAACACUGAAUCAGACCCGAAUCUACGACCRGAGCAAUCAUACUUAUACGAAGGUUACAAGUACAAAGACAUCGGCAUGUACAUCCGUAUAUGGAACCCAAGAUUGCGUGACACUCACAGCUGUAACAAAGUCUGCCUGAUGUACGACUGCAAGUUUCAUGAUGGACUAAUGGUYGAUAUGUUCAUCGYCGAGUCAGCCCCUAACGGUACAUUCCCUCUGAGGGACGUUCUCUUUGAAGGCUUGCACUUUCCAGUUCCAAACAACUACAGGGAGGUGUUAAGUAAAUUGUAUGGAAAUGAUUACAUGGAUGUACCUASACAAGGAAGUAAAAAGCGAGUGCAGUGGGACUACCCGGAUCCCCUGUUGAGCUGUGAAGAGUUUAAGAAUUUGGUCGAACGUAGAAAGCGAAAUCUAAAAAAGAAAAAACUUGCAAGAAAAACGCACGCUAAUUCAAUGGAAUCAUUACGGUAUUUGGAUUUACGUAGGAAAAAUGGGGGCAAUUCAGUAGUACUUAAGUAAUUUAGUUGUAAGCGCGCUGUCCGAACAUACACUUAGUCGAUCCUGUAAGCAUUGCCAGAAAAUAUGAAAAGCUCUUCAAUAGUAGCCUUAUUCGAAAUUAYAUCAAAACUUAACUUGAAUCGAGAACUGAGUUUCAAAAGAUAGUUGAAAAAGACUGUAGUAAAAGAUGUAGAAGAGAAAAAGAGGGCCACCAGUUUUUCCUUAUUUGGAACUCGACUUGUACCCAGGCGUCUCUCUCGCACUCGCAAUGCAUCAAGGAUGCCUUGCAAAAUGCGAGCAGUAGAGGCGACUGGAUGAUGAACACGUUGAAAAUUUCAACUAGUAUUUCAAAAUAUUGUGAUAUUAUGAUUAUUAUGUUCCAAGUAGCGUAAAAAUCUUGCAUGACAAAUGAAAACACUGACAUUGAGCAACACAAUGGUUUGUUUGUGGAACGCUAUAUAAUCGCGAGGCUAUUUUUGUUCCGCCUGCACCUGACUGUCCGCCAUUUUGUUAAAUUUACAUUGAGUAAAGAAGUUCCGGAGAACGAAGUUGCGUUUAAUAUGGGAGUAAAGCUAACGUAAAUAAACCAGAACUAGCACAAACUUAUCAACAAUAUCGUAAAAGCAUCAGAAAGACCACAUGAAACUUUCAGUGSAUUUUAAUCUUUAUAUUUAAUUUGAAAAGAAAACAAACAAAUUUUUUAUUGCUGCCGCUGUAUUUGCCUAUAAAUCUUCAUUAAUUAAGAUGUCUUGACGGGCUACCUGUGAUAUGAUAUGCUGUGCCUUCCAAUGAAUUAUAGUAAGUAAAUAGAAAAGAUGUUAAGAGGGCCGCUAAAUAGUGUUAAUAAAAUUUGGAAUUGCCUUUUUAAUUAAGGAAAGCAAAUCAUACAAGAGUAUCGAUUCUUAAAUCACGCGAUCAAUUGGCGGUUCCCUGUUAAGUUUAUAUAAUAAAUCUUYAUUUAAAUGAUAGUUGGACGUGCUUUUUCAUUAGAUUUACUACAGCUAUUAUAAAUCAGAUAAAGUUAGGUCCGGUUUAUUCGACGACUCAAGCAGAAACUUAGUCAAAAGAAAUAACCAGAAGACGAAGGAYCACAGCUUCAAAGCGAGCUACAUAAACAAUCUUCAGAAACAGCUACGAAAGCCAAACAUAAAAUAAUUAAAGACAAAAGAAUAAGCAAACACAAAUGCCAUCUUUUUAUACCUUUUUUGAUCUAUAAAUAGUAUUCUCUUUUGAAUUUACUCGCGCUUUUGAUGUAGAUUGGACCAGCUCUAUAUAAUGACCCAMWAAUUAGGAGGAGCCGACGUGUUCCUGKUAGAAAUAUAUCUGUCACAACUGGUUGCGGCCAGCUAGAAAUUCAUGGAAAAAGAAUUCUCCAGGCAAGGCAUACUUUCUAAGAAUUUUUGCCAGGAAAAUAAAAAUUACCUAACUAAAAAAURUAUAAGCCGUUUUGACUAUAA